ACAAGACAGAGACUCCACCCCAGCAGUACAUGGAGACUUUUUGAGAAGUGCAGCACUGAUGUGCUCUUUUCACUUAUGGAUAUGAAGCCUCCCAUCUCUAGAGCCAAGAUGAUUCUCAUCACUAAAGCUGCUAUUAAAGCUAUUAAGCUUUACAAGCAUGUAGUUCAAAUAGUAGAAAAGUUCAUCAAAAAGUGUAAACCAGAGUACAAGGUUCCAGGCUUGUAUGUAAUUGACUCAAUUGUGCGACAGUCUCGUCAUCAGUUUGGAACUGAUAAAGAUGUUUUUGGGCCAAGAUUCUCUAAAAACAUAACUGCCACAUUCCAAUAUUUAUAUCUUUGUCCAUCUGAAGAUAAGAGUAAAAUAGUUCGUGUGCUGAAUCUUUGGCAGAAGAAUGGAGUUUUCAAAAUUGAAAUUAUUCAGCCUCUCUUGGACAUGGCAGCAGGAACCAGUAAUGCUGCACCCGUAGCAGAAACUGUUACCAAUAAUGAAGGCUCACCGCCACCUCCAGUAAAAGUUUCUUCUGAACCCCCACAAGCCACUCCAAACUCCGUACCAGCUGUACCACAGUUGCCCAGCUCUGAUGCUUUUGCCGCUGUGGCUCAACUGUUUCAGACAACUCAAGGCCAACAGCUUCAGCAGAUCCUUCAGACUUUUCAACAACCUCCAAAACCACAGUCUCCCGCCCUUGACAAUGCUGUGAUGGCUCAGGUUCAGGCUAUCACAGCUCAGUUAAAGACAGCUCCUACACAACCACCUGAACAAAAAGCUGCUUUCCCCCCACCUGAACAAAAAACUGCAUUUGACAAGAAACUACUUGAUAGAUUUGAUUAUGAUGAUGAGCCAGAAGCUGUGGAAGAAUCAAAGAAAGAAGAAGCUGUUGUAAUCACGACUGCAGCACCAGCCGCAGCCGCGCCCCCUGCACCUGCUGCUGCCGUGCCCACCACCACCACUCCCGCUGCCGCCUCUCCCCCUCCUCCACAAGCACCUUUUGGAUUUCCUGGAGAUGGCAUGCAACAGCCAGCAUACACGCAACAUCAAAAUAUGGAUCAGUUUCCACCUCGAAUGAUGGGAAUACAGCAGGAUCCAAUGCAUCAUCAGGUUCCACUUCCUCCUAAUGGGCAAAUGCCAGGAUUUGGACUCAUUCCUGCACCUCCGUUUCCGCCCAUGGCUCAGCCUGUGAUUCCCCCAACUCCACCAGUGCAGCAGCCUUUCCAAGCUCCUUUCCAGGCACAAAAUGAACCACUGACACAGAAGCCACAUCAGGAAAUGGAAGUAGAGCAACCUUGUAUUCAAGAGGUUAAGCGGCAUAUGUCUGAUAACAGAAAGUCGAGAUCUAGGUCAGCAUCCAGGUCACCAAAAAGGAGACGAUCUAGGUCUGGUUCUAGAUCUCGAAGGUCUCGUCAUAGACGUUCUCGAUCUCGAUCCAGGGAUAGGCGCCGACAUUCUCCUCGAUCUCGGUCCCAAGAAAGAAGGGAUCGAGAAAAAGAAAGGGAACGCCGACAAAAAGGCCUUCCUCAAAUCAAACCAGAAACUGCCAGUGUUUGCAGUACUACACUUUGGGUGGGACAGCUAGACAAAAGGACUACUCAGCAGGAUGUUGCCAGUCUCUUGGAAGAGUUUGGUCCAAUUGAAUCAAUUAAUAUGAUUCCUCCCAGAGGUUGUGCCUAUAUUGUUAUGGUUCAUAGACAAGACGCUUAUCGUGCUCUGCAGAAACUGAGCCGAGGAAACUAUAAAGUGAACCAGAAAUCCAUUAAGAUUGCCUGGGCCUUAAACAAAGGAAUAAAGGCGGAUUAUAAGCAGUAUUGGGAUGUAGAACUUGGUGUAACUUAUAUUCCGUGGGAUAAAGUCAAGCCUGAGGAACUGGAGAGUUUUUGUGAAGGAGGAAUGUUGGAUAAUGAUACACUUAACCCAGAUUGGAAAGGAAUUCCUAAGAAACCUGAAAAUGAAGUUGCUCAAAACGGAGGUGCAGAAACCUCACACACAGAACCAGUAUCACCCAUACCUAAGCCUUUACCUGUGCCUGUCCCUCCUAUUCCUGUUCCUGCACCUAUAACAGUGCCACCUCCACAGGUCCCACCACAUCAGCCGGGUCCUCCUGUAGUUGGUGCUCUCCAGCCACCGACUUUCACACCUCCUUUGGGAAUUCCUCCUCCAGGCUUUGGUCCUGGUGUUCCUCCUCCUCCACCACCACCACCAUUUUUGCGCCCAGGAUUUAAUCCAAUGCAUUUACCACCAGGCUUUCUUCCUCCUGGACCCCCACCUCCUAUAACCCCACCAGUAUCCAUUCCUCCUCCUCACACUCCUCCAAUAAGCAUCCCAAACUCCACUAUCGCUGGUAUAAAUGAAGACACUACAAAAGACUUAUCUAUUGGAAAUCCCAUUCCAACAGUGGUGUCUGGGGCUAGAGGAAACGCCGAGUCUGGUGACAGUGUGAAAAUGUAUGGUUCUGCUGUGCCACCUGCUGCACCCACGAAUCUGCCUACCCCUCCUGUUACCCAGCCUGUUUCACUUCUUGGUAAGUUCAUUUUUUUGUCAUUUGUUCCCAUCCCUAGUCCCCACUACCAUGCUAGCCUUUUAAAAUGUGAUACGCAUUUCAUUAAAUACUCUCCACUAUUUUUCUUUGAAGAAGUUUUUCCUCUUAAAUCAGUAAGUGCAUUUGGUCUUUAUUUUUACUCAUCUGAAACCCCUAGACUUCAGAAGCAUUCUUUGCAGGCUAGUAAACAAAUCAUAUUUGUACAUUCAAGUGAAAAUGACAGUGCAGAGCCUCAGACAGAAGCAGCAUCCUUAUUAGGGGAAAAAUGGUAUUUUGACAUGGUUGCCUCAGCAGUUUUCAAGGUUAUAAAGCAAGGAUCACAAAUUGGUAGCCUAGAGACUGAAUUGCUGGGCAGUGGUGUGAUGUACUUCAGUUCCUGCAUGGCCUCAGUUGUUGUAGAAGGCCAGCCUAAAGAGUAUCUUAAAUUUAAGUCUCUUGGACUAAUGAAGAAGGUGGGAGGGGCAGAACCUUUUGGCUCUAGUUUGGUUUUCUGUGAAGAAAUUCAGGGUUAUAGUGACUGUCCUGUAGGAGACAGGCCGUAUGUAGAAGUUCAUAAGACUGGAAAGGGGAGACCAGCUUGGAUGCUGUUUAUAGCAGAUCUCACAUUGGGUUGGCUUUGCAUCCCACAUGAGCUUGUCCCCAUUUUAGAUGGGGAAACAGAAGCAUUUGGAGAUGAAGUUGAUGGUUGUAACAAACAGCCCCAAGUACCAGGGCUGAACAUACUGUAUUUUUUUAAGGCAAGGUCCAGCAUCACUAUUAACCAGAUGGGACUAUUGGGUGCAUUUCUUUAUGAACAUUUACAGCGGUUUCCUUUGAUGCCGCCCCGUCCCAUGCCACCGCACAUGAUGCACAGAGGGCCACCACCAGGACCAGGGGGCUUUGCAAUGCCCCCACCUCAUGGAAUGAAAGGUCCCUUUCCACCACAUGGCCCUUUCGUUAGGCCUGGUGGGAUGCCAGGGCUUGGGGGCCCAGGGCCAGGCCCAGGGGGUCCUGAAGAUAGAGAUGGAAGGCAGCAACAGCCACAGCAGCAGCAGCAGCAGCAGCAGCAGCAGCAACCACGACCACAGCCACAGCAGCAGCCACCAUCACAACAGCCACCACCAAGUCAGCAGCCACAGCAGUAUAGAAAUGAUAACAGGCAGCAGUUCAAUUCAGGUAGAGACCAAGAAAGGUUUGGAAGAAGAUCUUUCGGAAAUAGGGUGGAAAAUGACCGGGAACGGUAUGGGAGUCGUAAUGAUGAUAGAGAUAAUAGUAAUCGUGAAAGGAGAGAGUGGGGAAGAAGGAGUCCUGACCGGGACAGGCACAGAGACUUGGAAGAGAGAAAUAGACGCUCUAGUGGGCAUCGAGACAGAGAGAGAGAUUCUAGAGAUAGAGAGUCUCGUAGGGAGAAGGAAGAAAACCGAGGAAAGGAAAAACCUGAGGUGACAGACAGGGCAGGUGGUAACAAAACCACUGAACCUCCCAUUAGCCAAGUGGGAAAUGUAGACACUGUUUCAGAACUUGAUAAGGGGGAGACUGAGUCUGCAGUCGUAAAACCUUCUGAAGAGUUGCCUGCUGAGGCUACCUCAUCCGUUGAACCUGAGAAGGAUUCUGGCCCAGCAGCAGAGGCUCCUCGUUAGAGACUGGAAUUUAUCAAAAUGUGACAGUGACACUUCCCGGCGUGUAGAGCUUGAGGUGUACAGAUGCUGUAUUAUAUCUGCUCCCGCUAGAUCACAGCCCCACAGUAGUUGGUGGGGAAUUGUAAGCAAUUUGAUUGCUUCCCUUCUAUUUAAAAAUAGCCACAAAAUAACAAAAAAUACUGAAGAUAUGAAUAAAUAUUACCCUUUUUGCUGUAACUUUUUAAAAGUUUUGACUUUAAAAAGUUUACAAAUCGUAAUUAGAAGUGCUCUCUAUUUUUUUUUUUUUAAUUUAAGACAAGGUAAACGGUGAAAGCUCCUCAAAACAAUAGGGAUGUUUUUAAUAAACUCUAUUUUCGUAACAAACUUUAAUGUGUGCUAUUCUUCCUACACUGCAUUACGGUGGAAAAGGAUUGUUCACCAUCAAAGUUUGAGUUGUCGAUAACUGUACUAAAGUCUAAAUUAGACUUAUUUGAUGGAAGUAGACAUUUUAUGUAGUUAUUCUCACUUUCAUUUGUAAUACUUUUGAUUUUUAGCAUCUCAAUCAUAGGUAAAGGUUAGUGGUUUUAAUGUUAAUUGGGAAAUUUGUUAGUGUUUGCAAUCCAGUCAAGGUUUUUUUUUUUUUUUUCAGUUGGCUUU